AUGAGAGAAACACGAGAGACGGCCUUUGCAAUCAGAAAGCUGCCUUCGGCCAAAGCGAAGAGGUACCUGGAGGAUGUGCUGGUGAACAAACAAGCGAUACCAUUUCAACGAUUCUGCUGUGGCGUCGGAAGGACUGCUCAGGCAAAAAACUGGCACUCUAAUGGACAAGGACGGUGGCCAGUGAAAUCGGCUAGAUUCAUUCUCGAUUUGUUGAAGAAUGCUGAGAGUAACGCUGAAGUGAAGGGUUUGGACGUAGAUGCGCUCUACAUAUCUUAUAUCCAGGUGAACCAGGAUCAGAAGCAGAGGUGCCGCACCUACAGGGCUCGCAGAAGAAUCAACCGGAUGUUAUCAAAUGUUGCGCCUUUGUCACUGUCGUGUUCAUUCUACUAUUGUUGAUGUUA